AUGGAAACAUAGCAAAAAUAACUUGAUGUAAUUAGUUUCUUUUAAAAUAUAGGUCUCUGUAUUUUCAUACAAACCUGAUCUCAAUGAUAAAUCAAAAAUAAAGUACAAUAUAUCAAUUACUUUUGAUAACCAAUCUUGGAUCAUUACAAAAAGGUAAUUGAUCUUACUAGAUUUAUAGAUAUUCUGAAUUUGAUGAUCUCUAAAAAUAAUUAAAGAUUUGUUUUAGAAAUUAGUUGCCAGAGUUACCAAAAAAGACAUAUACGUCUUUUUUGUUAUCAAAAACUCAUGACGAUAUUGAGUAAAGGAGAAUAGGACUUGAUAAAUACUUAAAGGUAGAUUAAUUAUGUAUAAUUAGAUGUUAACUUAAAAAAAAGAGAUUUUGUCAUCAAAUCAAAUGAAAGAGUUCUUAUAAUUAGAGGAACAUGCAAAAAUAUUAGUUGUAAAUGAGCCAUAAAUAGUUCAUGAAUUUAGUGGUUUUCUACAUGGAAUAAGAGAUUUUAACCUUUGUGUGGGGUAGGGAAUAUUAUAUGUUGUGAAUUCUGAUUAUUCUAUAUUUAACCGAUUGGAUGCAUAUCUUUAAAACAUGAAGGGACCCUGGGAAAAAGAGGAUGGAAAAUAGACAGUAAUGCCUGUGGGAUGUAUAGAAUGUUGGACAGAAUCAUAAGAUGGAAUUUAUACACGUUAAUGGGCUAAGAUGUAUAAUUCAUAAGCAAUCUGUUGUUUUUGGGAUCCAUCAGCAUUUGUUUUGUUAGUAGGGUAUUUUUAAGAAUUAAUUCAAAUAUAGUCUUGAUAGUGGUUCAAUUAAUUAUUUAAAGGUACCUUACAGCUUAGGAUUCAAGAGAUGUGAAAAUGACACGGAGAUUGAAUAACAUUCAAGCAGAGUUACAGGAUUAUAUUUUGAUAAUGAAAGAUCUUUAAUUCAUUCAGUUUCGAAGGAUUAAAGAUAUAAAAUUAGAAAUACCGUUAAAUCUAUACUCAUUUAUGGUAUUGAUAGAAUUUAUAAAUAUAAAUAGAUAAUGAAAUUAGUCCAUAUGAAUUGACUGAUAUUGUAGUUAGUAAGUCUCGUAAGAAAUCAUUUGUGUCUGAUAAGAAUGGAUUUAUUUAUAUGUUUAACAUAAAUGAGGUAUUACAAUAUUUAAAAACAGGAUAAAGUGGUUUAGCUGAAUAUGAUUAACAUAAAUAUAAGACUUUUGAAAUGUUUAAAAUUAGAUUCAAAUCAAAAUCUUCUAAUGGCAAUGGGUUAAGAAAAUGGAGAAAUUAUUAUGAUAGACAUAGGACCAGUAAAUUGUGAAAAGCAACUUCAAUAGAUUAAUUAACUUAAUACUUAAAUUAAAGGAUAUAGAUACUGUUAUUCAUAUAAACGUAAGGAAUUGUUUGUUGGAACAAUUGAAGGUACAAUUUAAUUUUGGGAUCUUAAUACAAAAUAAUUAAUAUAUGUAAUAAAAGCACAUGAUUCAGAAAUUACACAAAUGUAGUGGAUUGAAGAGGAUCAACAUUUAUUAACUUCGAGUAGAGAUAAAGAAAUUAAAACAUGGAAAUUACCUUAAAAUUGGAGAGAUAAACCAGUUAUAUGAAUUUAAUACUCAAU